GCCGACCAAUAUGGGUAAACUAAUCAACUUGCGCCAUUUGAAUAACAGUGAAAGCAAAAUGAAAAAGAUGCCACCACAAAUGGGUAAAAUGAAGAAUCUCAUAAAAUUACCUAUUUUUGUGGUGGGAAAACAUGAUGGGUCUAGCAUUAGCGAGUUGGGAGAGCUCCAACACCUUUCGGGGAAAUUGACUAUAUUGAACUUAGAAAAUGUUCAUUGCAUUAAUAAAGAUACUAUGGAGGUUAUAUUAAAGGAUAAGCAGGAUCUAUCUAAGUUAGAGUUGAAAUGGGAGCAUGGUCAUGGCACUGAUGAUUCAGAAGAGGAAAGAAAUGAGCUUGAGCAGCUGUGUGCACAUACAAAAUUGAAUUCUCUCACCAUUGAACAUUAUGAGGGCACAAGCUUUCCAAAUUGGUUAGGAGAUUGUUCAUUCUCUAAUAUGGUUUCCAUAGUGCUAAGGAAUUGCAAGUAUUGCUUCUCCUUGCCUCCAUUUGGACAACUACAUGCCCUCAAGGAACUUAAAAUUGAAGGUUUUGAUAGAUUAUUAGGUGUGGGUCAUGAGUUCUAUGGGAAUGAUUCUUCUACAAUUAAACCGUUCAGAUCCCUUAAGUAUUUAAGCUUUAAGAAUAUGCGAGAGUGGCAGGAAUGGAUUAUAUUUGAAGAUGAAGUUUUCUCUUGUCUUCAAUGGCUUCACAUAAAUUAUUGCCCCAAGCUAAGCAAGAAUUUGCCCGAUCAACUUCCCUCUUUGACCAAACUUGAAAUUAGAGAAUGUAAGCAACUUGUUGCUUCAUUCCCUUGGGCUCCUGCUCUCCAUGAAUUGUACUUUGAUGGGAAAAUACAGUUGCCAAGUGAUCAUUACUAUCCAUCACUUGAAAGUAUGAUCAUGAUUGGCGGCUGUGAUUCACUUUGGUCAUUUCCAUUACAAUUUUUCCCUAAACUCAAAUUUAUCGAAAUUUUUAAUUGUAAGAACCUUGAAUCUCUUUCGGCAUCAACAGGAUCUCAUCUAGAUCUUACUUCUCUCACUUAUUUGAAAAUCUCUAGAUGCCCAACUUUUGUAUCUUUUCUUAGUGGAGGAAUCUGUGCUCAAAAAUUGACAAAGAUUGAAGUCUUUAGUUGCAAAAAGUUAAAGUCACUACCCGAAGGAAUGGUCACUCUCCUCCCAUCUCUUUCGUCUUUGCAAUUGUACAAGUGUCCAGAAUUAGAUUCAUUUCCUAAGGAUGGUUUGCCCUCCAAUUUAAAAACACUUACGAUCCAGUAUUGUGAAAAACUCAUUUCCUGUCGCAAGGAGUGGGGAUUGCAAGCUCUUCACUCUCUGAGAGAUUUCAUAAUUUGGAGUAAAUGCGAAGAAUUGGAGUCCUUUCCUGAGGAGGCGUUACUCCCUCCUACUCUUACCAAUUUCAGCAUCUCAAGUUUUCCAAAUCUGAAAUCACUAAAUGGUAAGGGGUUUCAACACCUCACCUCUCUUCAAAGCUUGACGAUUUGGUCCUGCGAUAAACUCCAGUGCUUACCGGAACAAGGCCUACCCACCUCUCUUUCUGUGCUACAAAUCUUUGGUUGCCCUUUGUUGAAUCAACAGUGUGAAAAAGAAAUAGGGAAAGACUGGCUCAAGAUUGCUCACAUCCCCUAUAUAGAGAUUGAUUGACAUGAUCAGACAACAGCUCAUCCAAGCCUCCCACCAUUAGGCUGCACCUUGACGGAUUGCUCCCUCCUAAUUGUAGGUUCAGUACAUAUCUACUUUGGACUUUUGAAGUGCAAAAGACAGACUUUUCUGGAAAUGAUCAACCUAGGUAGACACUAGGGGAGUUGAAAGAUAGUGCUACUUAUUUACCUUCUAAUAGCAGAUGAAACACACUGCUCAUUUUUUUAGAGGAACUUUCUCAAUCUCCUUUUGAUAUUUUGGAAUUGGUGGUGGAUAGAUAGAUGUCAAUUCCUGCUUAUGUGUGGAGAGGAACUUUCUCAAAUUCUCUCUCUCUCUCUCUCUCUCUCUCUCUCUCUCUCUUUGAUAUUUUGGAAUUGGCCCAAGUUUUCUCAAAUACUUGUUCUAUAACAGAUUAAGGCCAAUCUCCGAGCACUCUCAUGUCAUUACUAAUACGCCCUUUGUUGUUAGAUUUCUUCAAUUGAUUUUUCUUUUAUUAGUUUAAACUUUGGACUAGUAAUCAUAAAUGAUUUAUAAAUCUUUAUCAACUCUUAUGCAGGUUUUUAGACACAAAAUGGGAAAAAUGUUGAGGCCAACACUACAAGCAUCUUCUGUUUAGUUCAAGUUUUGAUUGCCAUAUGUACCUUGAUGUAUUGAAGAGCAGAAAAGAGAAUUGUGCCUUAUUGCUUCAGUUUCAGGUUCUAGAUUUGACUGGAAGCAUAUCCUUAAGGCAAUUUAUGGGAAGUCAAUUACGAUUGUGAUCUCUAGAACUUUAUCUUUUUUUAUAAAGAAGGGAAAUAGCGGUACAAGAUUGCUCUCAUUCUUUGCAUACAUAUGAGCAACGAAGUCAUUGUAUGAGCUAAAAUUCCAAUGUGGAACAAGCCCUUGUUUUACAAUCAGAAGUAACAUGUUAUUGACCAGUCCCAAGAAGAGGCAUUAAUGUGGUCCGUUGCAGAAUAAGCUUGUUCGUUAUUUAGGGAUGAAACAAUGAUUGUGGCAGACAAAGUAUAGACAAUUAUUUAACUUGGCACCCAUACAAAUUGACAGCCUUCACAAAAUAUAGAUCAGGUGGAACUCUUUAACUUGGCACCCUGGGAAUUUCAAACGAUUAAUACUCAGUACAAGCAAUUGCUAUUCAACUUUUAAAAUGUUCAUGGGAUUGGCAUGAGGAGAUAGGGAUGACUAUAUUUCUGGAAGCGAACUCCAGGCAAAUCUUAAACGCAUGGAUACAACUUAUGCCUUGGAAUGAAAGACAGUUCUAAAUCCACUUUGAUUUUUAUUAUUUUCUUUGCUUUUUUUUUUUAAAAAAAAAAAUUAUUUUCAAGGGGUGUUGCACUAUUCUACAUGUUUUUCAAACAACAAUAUGCUGUAAAUAGCCAUUUGAGAUUUCAGUUUAUGAUUUUGAAAAUUAUUACCUUGCUUUUAAAUUCUAGGGUGACUGCAGCCAACCUCCCUCCACACGAACCGCACCCAAUACUUCCUGUAAGUAUAUAAACCUCAUCUUCCCAUCAAUAUUUUCUGCAAGUAGCUGCACCACCUCAUCCUUCUUUCAAUAUUUCUACACAGAAGUUUCCUAAGCUUCUAUAUUUGCUAAAGUUGCAAGUUGGCCCUGAGGGCUUGUGUUUACUUUUUUGCUAGACAAGACUCCUAAGAGCAAUGGCAAGAAUGGCCACAGGUGGUCCUCAUUUUUAUCACUGAAAUUUGAUUAAAAGAACAUGUCAUUCAAGCUAGUCGAGUAUGAAUCAUGAUCUUGAAAUAUCUACAACUUGAUUAGUUUCUAUGUGAAAUAUCAAGGGACUUUCUUGCAAUUAUAUUGUUGUUCCUAUUGCACAUAGGUAUUGAUUUCCAUUUAUAUUUUGUAGGACUCGUUGUUUGCUUGGUGAGAGAAGUGAGGUUAGGAAAUUUAGGAGAAAAAGUAUUGUUAAAUGAGUAUUAACUGUGGCAGCACUCCAAAGCUAACCUGAAUUGUGGCUAAAUUCUGAUCCAAGUUUCCUUAACAAAUUGGGGAUUUGGACAAUGAUCUUAUUGUUAGUUACUCCAACUCACUUCUUUAUUAUUAUUUUUUUUAACAAUGAGAAUCAUGAACCCCAUCUCCAAUGAGGGAAUUUUAGCAAAAGUAGCUUAAAAUCUCAGCCUCUAUAUUGAAAAGCAAAUAUAUUAUUUAUUGAUUCACAACAUACAAAACAUUAAUAUAAACUUCUAUGGAAGAAAUUGGUUCUGCUAGCUAAGUUACUAAUGUCAAUCUCUUAUAAUCUUAAAACAUUCAGAUUUGAUCUCAACAAGACUCAUUACUCCAAUGCCACCUAUGGCUCUGACAAGUCCAUUAUCGACAUGGUAUGAUCCAAAUGCUUGAUGCAAAUACCAUAUGCAAGGAAGGGGACAUUGGACUUAUGAUUGUUAUUACCUUAAACAUAAGAUUUCGGACCUCUGGAGUCUGUAUAUUAGCCCCAUUAGUCGUUAGGAAAGAGAGGAUGCAAUACCACUUACACAUUACCAAAGGCAAUGACAUGAUCGAUAUUGAGAGCUAUGGCCAGCUAACCCUAUCUCUAAUAGCUUCUGACAUUCACAAAACUAUAGGCUUGCCACCUCAAUUGAAUGUUACAGUCAGAUGCAACAAUCUCACAAUGAUGGGCUUGCAAAGACUAUUUGACAUUUUGAAAUCGGUGGUGGAUGUGAAGAUGUGAAGUCAUCCCCUGAGGACAAAGUGCUAUUUUUAGUUGUUCUCUUCCACUCCAAAUGGCUCAAAAGUCUCAACAUUCUUUAUGUCAUUGCUAUGCUCACCAGUAGAAGCUUCCCAAUUCCCUUUUGUACAUCAAGAAUUUUAUAUUGUCUUAUGUCGAGACAAUGGUUUCUAAAAUAUAGAAAGAUGUAAAUCUUGCUACUAGCACAAAAUUGCUUAAGCCUUGUUCCUUGAAGGAUCAAAGUCAGUCUUGAGGCUCUCCCAUAUCAAUACCAGACUAGUAGAUUUUCACGCCCAACAAGAAGGUUUCCAACACAAAAUAUGCAACACAUUUGCGGCUUCUAACAACAGUAGACCAGGCAAUUGCUCCACAUGAUUCAAUUUAUUGGCUUGGUUUGAUAUGGGUUCUUCCAAAAAUAUCCCUUAAUUUUUUUUUCUCUUGUUGUACUCUCCAAUGCUAUCAUGUAUUUAGCUUCAUGGGUUUCUUUUAGUUUUUAUUAAAGCA